CUUGGAGAUGAUCAGCCGGGUUACAUCCCUCAGCAAGACGAGCCUUCCAGCAGCAUGCCGUCGUACAGCCUUUAGCUGGAGCUGCCAGCAUCGCAGGUGACCCCGCCAGAUCCAUUGUUGAUCACGGGCAUGAGCUUUACCGCAGACAUAGAGAAGUUCUUUUCAGGCCCAUCUACCGCAGCUGAGGAUCGGCCGACCCGAGACUUGGAUGGUGGGCGCAGGUUGAGUUUUGGCUCAUCGUCGGCGGUUGCGGCGGAUCUAUCACAGGCGCAGGCUUCAUCCCAGCCCAUCACGGAGCCCACUUUAUGCGAUGCUGAGGACACCACGGAAGCUUAUAUUCAGGAGCCCGACGAGACCAUGGUUGCUGACAGACCGACGACCCCUUCUACCUAUCCUGCCAGCCCUACUGACGAUCAUGCUGCAGCGCAUCCUCAUAUAAAGAGGCGACUUGAUGAGGAUGAUUGUGAUAGUGUACCCGGGUGCCAGGGGAUGCGCCUCAGGCCAGCGGCUGCAUUGAAGUACACAGGCUGUGAGACACAUUGA